UACGUAAUGUGACUGGCGCCGGUGCGUCAUUAGUCCGCGACUCGGCAGUACGCGUGAUCAAGCCGUGACAGCGAGUCAGUCUAUUAUCUGGGUAUUUUAAUUUCGUACCAUAGGGUCUCUUACUGGAGCUGUGUUCCGGUAACUAAUAGGCAAAUUGGUUUAUCUCUCAGUUGGUACUGGUUUAUUUACUUCCGGCUGUGCACGCUCAGCUUGUGUUUCCAGGGGGCGAAAAUGGCUGACGCGUUUGGAGACGAGUUGUUCAGUGUUUUCGAGGAAGAAACCUCCGCGUCCAGCAAAAGUGCCCAACCCGCGGCAGCCGGCAAGAGCAGCAAACGAAAUGCCAAAUUUAAAGGUGCCGAGGCGGGUCCUGCUCCAAGGCCUAAGCGGGAGGCUGACGUCAUUGAUGGACCUGAUGAUGUUGUUUUUGGGAAGAAGCCAAAACUGGAGAUAUCCUCUGCUGACGACAUAAACCUAGCAGAUCUAAUGCCACGACUAAAAGUUCAAGAAGUAGAAACAGUGGAAGGCUGUAAUCAUGAGGUUGCACUUCCCGCAGAUGACGAAUACAUGCCUUUAAAACCACGAGUUGGAAAAGCAGCAAAGGAAUAUCCAUUUAUUCUGGAUGCUUUCCAGAGAGAAGCAAUUCUGUGUAUCGACAACAACCAGUCUGUCCUGGUCUCCGCUCACACAUCUGCUGGGAAAACUGUUUGUGCGGAAUAUGCAAUUGCACUGGCUCUGCGUGAAAAACAGCGGGUUAUUUUCACUAGCCCUAUCAAAGCCCUUAGCAACCAGAAAUACAGAGAAAUGUACGAAGAAUUCCAGGAUGUUGGAUUAAUGACAGGAGAUGUCACCAUCAACCCUACAGCCUCCUGCCUUAUUAUGACAACUGAGAUUUUGCGCAGCAUGUUAUACAGAGGAUCUGAAGUCAUGCGUGAAGUGGCCUGGGUUAUUUUUGAUGAGAUUCAUUACAUGAGAGAUGCAGAAAGAGGAGUAGUCUGGGAGGAGACCAUUAUACUUCUGCCAGAUAAUGUGCAUUAUGUGUUCCUGUCAGCCACCAUCCCAAAUGCACGUCAGUUUGCUGAAUGGAUCUGUCAUCUUCAUAAACAGCCUUGUCACGUCAUUUACACAGACUAUCGACCCACUCCUCUUCAACAUUACAUCUUUCCAGCAGGGGGAGAUGGACUGCAUCUUGUUGUGGAUGAAAAUGGAGAUUUCAGGGAAGAUAAUUUUAAUACAGCAAUGCAGGUCCUCCGAGAUGCAGGGGAUUCAGCUAAAGGAGACCAGAAAGGUCGCAGAGGAGGGACAAAAGGUCCUUCUAAUGUUUUCAAGAUUGUCAAGAUGAUCAUGGAGAGAAACUUUCAACCCGUUAUCAUCUUUAGCUUCAGUAAAAAGGACUGUGAGGCCUAUGCACUGCAAAUGUCUAAACUGGAUUUUAAUACAGAUGAAGAGAAAAAAAUGGUUGAGGAAGUAUUUAAUAAUGCAAUAGACUGUCUCUCUGAUGAGGAUAAGAAGCUCCCACAGGUUGAACACGUACUGCCCCUUCUUAAGCGAGGUAUUGGGAUUCAUCAUGGCGGGCUUCUUCCUAUACUGAAGGAGACCAUUGAGAUCCUAUUCUCAGAAGGCUUGCUUAAGGCUUUGUUUGCCACGGAGACUUUUGCCAUGGGUAUCAAUAUGCCAGCCAGGACUGUUCUAUUUACCAGUGCACGGAAAUUCGAUGGAAAAGAUUUCCGUUGGAUCUCAUCAGGUGAAUACAUUCAGAUGUCUGGCCGUGCCGGGAGACGUGGUAUGGAUGAAAGGGGAAUAGUAAUUCUCAUGGUUGAUGAGAAAAUGAGCCCAACAGUCGGAAAACAGCUGCUAAAGGGCUCUGCUGAUCCUCUGAACAGUGCUUUUCAUCUAACAUACAACAUGGUGUUAAAUUUGUUGCGUGUAGAGGAAAUUAACCCUGAGUACAUGUUGGAGAAGUCAUUCUACCAGUUCCAGCAUUACAGAGCAAUCCCUGGAGUAGCAGAAAAGGUUAAAAAACUAGAGGAACAAUAUAACAGUAUACAGAUUCCCAAUGAAGAAAAUGUUGUUACAUACUACAAAAUCCGUCAGCAGCUUGCCAAACUUGGAAAAGAGAUUGAAGAUUAUAUCCAUAAACCCAAGUACUGCCUUCCCUUUCUGCAGCCUGGUAGGGUGGUUAAGGUAAAAAAUGAAGAGGAUGAUUUUGGAUGGGGCGUAGUGGUCAACUUCUCCAAGAAAUCAAAUGUGAAGCCCAAUUCAGGUGAACUGGACCCACUCUAUGUAGUAGAGGUACUUCUCAAUUGCUCAAAAGAGAGUGUAAAAAAUGCUGCUACAGAAGCGGCCAAACCAGCAAAACCAGAUGAGAAAGGCGAAAUGCAGGUUGUCCCAGUAAUGCUCCACACUCUCUGUGCCAUUAGUAGCGUGCGUCUAUACAUUCCUAAGGAUCUCCGGACCACUGACAACAGACAGAGUGUGCUUAAAUCUAUCCAGGAGGUACAAAAGCGCUUUCCUGAUGGGGUGCCUUUGUUAGAUCCUAUUGACGACAUGGGAAUCAAGGAUCCUGGGCUGAAAAAAGUUGUCCAGAAGACAGAAGCUUUUGAGCAUAGAAUGUAUUCCCACCCACUCAACAAUGACCCAAACCUGGAGUCCCUAUACAAGCUAUGUGAAAAGAAAGCACAGAUUGCCGUAGAUAUCCGAUCAGCAAAAAGGGAGCUAAAGAAAGCACGGACAGUAUUACAGAUGGAUGAGCUGAAGUGUCGGAAGCGAGUGCUGAGAAGACUGGGAUUUGCCACUGCUGCUGAUGUUAUUGAAAUGAAAGGCCGCGUGGCCUGUGAAAUCAGCAGUGCUGACGAACUCCUCCUCACCGAGAUGAUAUUUAAUGGGCUCUUUAACGAUCUGACGGCAGAACAAGCAUCCGCACUCCUCAGCUGCUUUGUGUUUCAAGAAAAUUCCAGUGAAAUGCCGAAACUGACAGAGCAACUGGCAGGACCCCUGCGUCAGAUGCAGGAAACUGCUAGGAGAAUCGCCAAAGUUUCAUCAGAAGCUAAACUAGAGGUGGAUGAAGAGACGUACCUGGGUUCUUUCAAAUCCAACCUUAUGGAUGUCUUGUACACCUGGUCGAAUGGGGCAACAUUUGCACAGAUUUGCAAGAUGACUGAUGUGUUUGAAGGUAGUAUAAUCCGCUGCAUGAGACGACUUGAGGAAUUGCUUAGGCAAAUGUGUCAAGCAGCAAAAGCCAUUGGGAACACAGAGCUAGAGAACAAAUUUGCAGAAGGAAUUACGAAAAUAAAAAGGGAUAUUGUUUUUGCUGCAAGUCUCUAUCUAUAGACAAGAAGCCGGUGAAUAUGCUCCAUUUACCUGCCAGCCCCUGUUACUGUUAUGUUCCCCCCCGGUCCCAAAAAAAGAGAGGCCGGAUCUUUGCUAUAAACCAUUUUUAUUGUUUUGGUGGUAUAAAUUUGGCUCACAAGCAACCUUUGAGCAAAGCAAUAUUAUACAAGUGUUUUUGUACAUAAAAUGCGUUAACACUAUUUUAAUAAAAAAUUUACAGUUUGAA